UAGACUUGAGACCACCUACACUCUUUCAGAUCAAAGCUCCAAAACCUCUACCAAUGGCGAAAUCUCAGUCGUCGGCGUUGGUGGAACCGGUGUACUCGUCGGCAAUUGCGCUGCUGAUUAUAGUCGUGGCGUGCGCCGAGCUCUGUGACGCCGUCGCCGUCGUAGACGUGUACCGCCUCGUGCAGUACGAUCUGGCCGGCGUGCCGUUUGGAUCCAGACUAGCCGCUCUCAACCACCACGCCGCGUCUUCUCUCUUCUCUUCCUCCGCCGCAGCUGGCGCAGCUGCCGAUCUCUCGCGCACCGUCCUAAUACUCCCCGUCCGCGAUUUGAAUCUCACUUUCAUCAGAGAAUAUAUUGAGGAGAAGAAGCCAUUAGGUGGUUUAUUGCUUCUACUCCCCCAGGUUUUCAAUCCACAGAACAUAGGUGGCAAGGAUGAAGCAGGUCAUGCUCCUGCGGUAGGCAUCAAGGAAGUGUUGCUUGAUCUGGAACGGUUGCUUAUACAUGCAAACAUCCCUUAUCCUGUGUACUUCGGUUUUGAGGAUGACCAUGUCAAUGCUGUCCUAGCUGAUGUCAAGAAGAAUGAUGCUACUGGUCAGCUGGCGACUGCCACAACUGGCGGAUACAAGCUUGUUGUUGCUGCACCUGAACCUAAGAAAAUUGUGUCUCCAACUGUAUCAAAUAUCCAGGGUUGGCUGCCAGGAUUGAGAGCUGAUGGAGAUUCAAAUCAACUUCCUACCAUAGCUGUAGUGGCAUCAUACGAUACAUUUGGGGCUGCACCGGGAUUAUCCGUGGGGAGUGACAGCAAUGGAAGUGGUGUUGUAGCACUCCUAGAAAUAGCUAGAUUGUUCUCAAUUUUAUAUUCAAAUCCUAAGACAAGAGGAAGGUAUAAUUUACUCUUUGCACUGACAUCUGGAGGGCCUUAUAACUACAAUGGGACUCAUAAGUGGCUCCAUGGGUUGGAUCAACGCUUGCGUGAGACAAUUGAUUAUUCUAUUUGCUUGAAUAGCAUUGGUUCUAUCCGCAAUGAGUUAUAUCUCCAUGUGUCUAAGCCUCCAGAGAAUGCCUACAUUAAACAAAUAUUUGAGGGUUUCUCUAGUGUGUCUGAAGAACUUGGGAUUAAAGUUGGGCUGAAGCACAAGAAGAUUAACAUUUCUAAUCCUCGGGUUGCAUGGGAGCAUGAACAAUUUUCGAGGCUGAGAGUUACUGCAGCUACACUGUCUGAGCUUUCUGUUGCACCUGAUUUUCUAGAAAGUGUUGGAGGUCUGUCAGAUAGCAGGAAUUCUGUUGAUGAAGAUUCAAUAACCCGAAGUGCAAAAUUAGUUGCUGAAAGUCUUGCAAGGCAUAUUUAUGGCCAGGAGGGCAAAAACAUUGAUGUAUUUGCAGAUGAUAGUAGCUUAUCAGUAAAUCCUUCUUACAUACGUUCAUGGUUACAAUUUUUGUCAAUAACACCUCGAGUGGCUCCAUUUCUUUCCAAGAAUGAUCCUCUUAUCAUGGCACUGAAAAAGGAAUUGGAAGAUCACACUGCUGAUGUGAGAGUGCAACAUGAAGUACUUGAUGGGAUGUUUACUUUUUACGACUCAACAAGCGGCAGAUUACACAUCUAUCAGGUUGCAAGUGUGACAUUCGACUUACUUCUGCUGCUGGUUCUCGGGUCUUACCUCAUUACUCUAUUCAGUUUUUUGGUUAUAACUACAAGGGGUCUUGAUGAUCUGAUCAGUCUAUUCCGUCGCCCCACCUCCCGCAAAGUGAAGGCAGUUUAACUUGGUUAGUCCCGGCAGUUUGAUUAAUGCAGCACAGAUCUCAGACAGGAUCUGCAGCGCUCACUCCAUGGUUUGCGCCUAUGAGCAAAAUCUGGCAUAUUUUGCAUCCCUCAUUAAUUCGUCCCUCAAUCGUUUCUUUUAGGGGAUAGACUAGUAAGGUAGCAAAUUUUUUGUUUACACAGAAAUCCAGGAGCUUGCAUGUAACGACUUUACGUUCAAUAUGUUUGUUUAGACUAAUUUGAUGCGAAUGGAGCAGAUAUUUUUCUUUUCA